AUGGUCCUCCUGGCGGAGGAUGGAAAAGAUGAGAGGAGUCUGCUCCAGAGCAGCAUCGAAGAUCCUUCGGAUCCCGCGCCGACUUCGGCUGCACUUGGCUUUGCCAAAAGUGGGACCAGAAAGAUCUCCAAGGCCGUCAUUGGCAUAGUCCUUUGUUUGGCAAUCCUGGGAACUGCUUCACUUGCAAGACCCCGGGGCCAGACUGAGCCAGUGACUCUUGCUGGAAACUUGAGCUCCUCCGGCACGGAUCCAUUUGAACUUCUCCUUGAGCGAGAGCUGUUUGACAUAAGUUUAUUUGACAAAGUGGGCGUACCCUACAGCUCGGAGCCUGAAGAGGCGAAGGUUGUGACGACCACCUGUGUCAUCGAUGUCACGCAAGCGACGAUGUACUUGGGAAACGCCAUAGUGUACAUCUAUCGGGCCGCUAUAUGCCCUGACGAGAUCCCUUUGGGAUGCACGGAACCUGUGGGCUACGCAGUUACGGCAAUGACCUGGCUGGGCUCCUUCUUGGCAAGUGCUUCGACCUCCUGUGCGGAUUCGCUCACUCCUGCGAGCGGCUGCGUGGCCGCCACGCUCCGUGACCUCGCAGCAGCUGGAUCCACCACCUAUGGAUUCAUAGAAGACUGCUACCUUACCAGGCCUUUGAUGGACAGCCGCGUCUACCAAGACAGGAGAGUCAUUCCGCCAAUUCUUCAGAAGAUCUACUCGCUGAAUCGGCCUUUUCCUGAGGAAGAGCGACGCUUGUUGGACAAUGUCUCAGCCAAGAGCCACGUGGGAAAGACGGACAUCCCGCAUGACAAAGACAUAGAGCUGGUUCGGAACAAGUCGGCGCAAGUGCGUCAGUGGUUGCAGCACAGAAGUCGUAAGCGACCGGAUCAUAACCAUUCCGCUUUGCCCAAUGUUUUGUUCGAAGCUGCAUCCGCUGGCAUUGACACGCGUGUGCUGGAUACUCAUGAGACAAUUGAGAAGAUUCGAAACAUAACCCGCCUAAAGAGAAGGGGCACAGAACGCGACUUUGCAGUGGCGAACUGCGUCUUCAACAGUGUCGAUGCUGUGGCCUGGCUGAUGCGUGCAUUCCUGUCCAUCUACGAUGCUGCGCGUUCUUGCGGCAAUCGCAAGGAAUGCGCCGUAGACGUCCUCUUUGUCAUAGGCUCCUUCGCGUACACUGCUCAGAUGAUGUCGCUCUGCUUCGUGGACUGCCCGUGGCGAGGUGCGAUGUGCGGAGCAAACGUAGCUGAUGUUGUGGGCAGCAUGGCGAUCUUCGUCGCUUCCGUCAUACAGGCCCGGUCUUGGCCGGUUCCAGCAACCGACGUUUUCGUGCCGACUGCUCUCGAUCUUUUCCUUUACAGCAGCAUGCUGGACAAAACGGUCAUGUUGUGGUGUCAUUGA